AUGUUUUUUGUGGCGGGGGCCAAAAAUACAGCUGGAGCGAGCAGAGGAAAUGAAAGGAGGUCAAUCUACCAGAAAUUUCGAGAGGUAGAUUUAUUGGACAGGAAGAAGAGGACGGUGACGGCUUUAAAGGCGGGUGAAGAUCGAGCCAUUCUCCUGGGGCUGGGAAUGAUCCUCUCCUCAGUCAUGAUGUACUUUGUCCUGGGGAUCACUUUAUUACGCUCCUAUGCAGACAGUGUGUGGACAGAGGAGGGUGUGUGUGUUGUCCUCAACUCCACGGUCACAGCAGACAUGAACUGUUCCUACAACUGUGGGUCAGAAUGCUGGAGAGUCUCCAAAUACCCCUGUCUGCAGGUCUACGUGAGCGUCAAUAACACGGGCCGUGUCAGCCGUUUAUCUCACAAUGAGGAGACCCAGGACACCAGCUCUGAAUGUUUCUACGUGCCCAGGUGCCAGAAGGACAGCUUGGCCAUGCACGUCAUUAUCAUGAACAUCUCUGAGCGUCUAAAGGUGAACCAGCAGGUCCCCUGUUUCUACGACCCCAGCGAGCAGCAGGAGACCGUCCUCCUGACACGGCUGUAUGACCACAGCGUCAUCUUCCACUCGCUGCUGUGGCCCUCCUGCAUGCUCAUGGGAGGGGCCCUCAUCAUCGUCAUGGUGAAGCUCACGCAAUACCUCUCCAGACUGUGUGAAGAGAUAGGGAAGAUCAAGAGGUGAAAUGCAACGCAGCAGCUGUCAAUGCCGAACACAUGGCGGUUUGAUGAUGGACGUAUGACAUGAAAGAGAUUGUUUCAACCAAGCGACCUUGCUGUGAUCUCUCGCAAACUUUCCUCUUCG